AUGGUUAGAAUGACGGGUUGGGAAGCUCCAAAACAAGGAUGGAGGAAAGGUCCUUGGACUCCUGAAGAAGAUAAGCUGUUAACUGAAUAUGUUAACUUUCACGGAGAAGGAAGAUGGAGUUCAUUAGCUAGGUCUGCAGGUUUGAAUAGAAGUGGAAAGAGUUGCAGGCUUAGGUGGGUGAAUUAUCUAAGGCCUGGUCUUAAGAGAGGUCGUAUAACACCCCAGGAGGAAGGGAUCAUUUUUAAAUUGCAUGCCCUUUGGGGUAACAAAUGGUCAACAAUUGCUGGAUACUUGCCAGGUAGAACAGACAAUGAGAUAAAGAACUAUUGGAGAACUCAUUUUAAGAAUAAGGAAAGGUCCUCUCAGAAGCAAGAACAAAGAAAAGCUCAAAUUCUAAAGCUAAAACAACAGCAACAGCAGCAGCAGCAGGAUGGGGAGCCACAACAAGAUAAAGAUCAGACGGCAGCAGUUGGAGAUGGCAAACAUAUAAAUAGUCAAGUGACUGAUGAGGCACAAGGGAAGCAAGAGACGGUUUUCAUGCACCUAACUUCAGAGGAUCAACGCUUGCCCGUUAUAUCUCAAGAGGCUGCUGCUUCUUGGUUAGACCGGUAUUUGGUGGAUGAAGGCUGCUUAUGGGGUGGUGGCUUGUGGAAUCUGGAUGAUCCUUAUCAGCCUGGUAAUUGCAACAAGAUUUUUGCCAUGCAAAAUCAAGCAACAGCUUAUAAUUCUGUUGGAGGGGAUGCAAUCAAUGUAUACAAUGGAGGAGGUCACAUUAUCUAA